CUUUGUGCUCAACAAGGUGCCCCCGCAGGGCCACUCAUUAUGCUACCCUGUUGUUCUCGACUUAGGUCGCGGCCAUAGUUCUUACAAGGAGAGAGAUAUAUAUAUAUAAGGAGCUUCAUCAUGCUGAGGAUUCUCUUAUUCCUGGUCUUGGCCUCGGCCAGUUUUUUGGCGGAUGGGAAAAUCGUGAAGGUGGACUCGUCUUCGUCUGCCAUGACGGAAGCCGCGAUCGGUACCGAAGAAGGUGGCAAGCAGCAUAUCAAAAGCAAAAAUCCCCCCUCCCCAUAUCGAAAAGGUAUGUUUCCGAAAAUUUGUGUUGCUGAUUUGAGGUCGCAAUGCACAUUUGUACUGCAAGAAGACAAGGGCAGAAGCUUCCGCCCCACUAUGGAGGCGAUCUGUCAUGCUGUUGCCCCUAAAAGUGACCCGUUUGCCAUGCUGAACAACUAGACCCAUACGCCCCUACCUAGCCUGGGGAUUUGGCCGCAGUGCCUCUCUGCAAUACAAACCUGAUUUGUGUACACAAAUCCAGCAUCUGAAAUUCCGUUUUGAUAUGGGGAGGGGGGAUUUUUCCUUUCGAUACAGCAGAAGGCCCGGGUGGUGGUUGAUCACCAGGCUGAGCAUGCGGACGAAGACGCAGCUGCAACCGAGGAUGAAAAAGUGAGUGAAGAAGGAGCGGAAAACAAGAAGGAAGAAGGAACGGAACGACCGCCGACGAGAGCAAAACCAAAACGACGAACGACGCGGAUGACAGCAUGCAAUACAACUUGAAAAAGCACUUCGACUACGCGCAGGACAAGGUGAGUGAGCAUGUGACGGACAUGGUCCGCCCGAUCGAGAACGCCACCAUUACCAUCGAGGGAGCCAACGGAACGACGACGACCUUGCGUGCCGGUGAUAUCCCCGUCUGGGGUUGGCUUUCGCUCGGGGGCGGGUUUUUCUGCCUCGUCUUGUGUGUCUGCGGCUGCAUCUUCUCGUACUUGAAGGGGUAAGUGAGUGCGGUUCAUCGGGAGCACGAUAAAUACGCCGGAAAAAAGGCGUGACAAGUUCUUUCCGGAAUAGUUAGUGACGACUUUCGCGGUGGUACUCUCGAAAGAACGACUAGCUGCACUUUUUGUCGGUUGUCCUUCGCUACGCAGGGAAUUCUUGGUCGCAGAAGCUAAGGUAAGCCGGCACUCCCGGCCGAGAAAUUGAGCUAUGGUAACGAAGUACAACUUGCGAUGAAAUUACAACACAAAAGAUCGUCCACACAGAAGCGAGGCCUUGAAUUACAUCCCAAGAAAAGUUGUGAGGCACCAGCGUCCUGAAUCAAAAAACAUAGAAGGUUGAUAGAUACUUGCGAUUCUCCGCAAAAGGGGAGAGAAAAUCCUGACAGCACGAUGACGAUGAU